CUUAUUAUUACUCACGAUAUUUGCGUCAGAUGAAGAGAAAAUUUUUUUUUUAUUUUACCAAGAAUUUCGCAGCUAUACCUACAGGAAAUUUUUUACAAUUCCCAGCGUAAUUAUGUUUAUUUGUUCUCAGAUUUUUACUAUUUCCACUUACAUCGAAUUCCGAUUCGGUGCAUAACAAACAAUGAAUUAUUCUCGUCUUUAACUCGAUUCACGCGGUCAAUUUAUGGUCAGUUUGGUCACUCGGUCCUCGAGGAUUCACAUCGACCAAGAGUGCUCCAAGUCGAAUUUAUGCGAGACGUGAUCCCUGAUUCCCUCAUCGCGAACCGACCGAAAGCACCAUGUUCCAGAGUACAUGCGAUGCUUAGAGUGGCCUUGUACUUUCACAGCUCCAAAUAUAUCGCAUACGUUUGUGGUGAAAUUUAAUAAAAUAUUUUCAUGUGAAUUCUAAGUACGAAUCGACUAACACGCAACGCAUCAUCGUCCGGAUUUCAUUCAUAUUAAUAGGCACGGCGUUUGGAAUACGGAGUAAAUUUUCACUUACGAAGCAUGAUAACACAAAUGUAUAAUUACAUAUCAUCGCUUUCAACCGGGAAAAACCAACCUCACAAAGCAACAGUAAAAAUCGCAUAAAUAAGACUCGUACACACCCAGUUGUACGUACAACGUGUCGAUGUGGUGACAUAUAGAGUGUAAGUCAACCGCACUGGCAACCAUACAUGUAUAGUGGCUAUGAACAUGGAUCACUACUCUCUAGCACGUUCAAUGAUCACGCGAAUCACCGUGUAUGCCGGCUAUCUCGGGUUUCUGGCGCACGGCGAUGUGAUUCAGUGGCAAGAAAAAAACUUUCCGAUUACGCCGUUCUGAUUUGAAAAUUUUGUUGCAUAAAAUGCAGGGGCUGCUGCAUCUCGUUUCAAUGAGGAUUGCGUUGGAAAUUCUCACGGCGUUUCAACCGUUGUCGUAACUACACGGAUACCUCGUCGAGCUGCCGGGACUUUCCCAAUAUCGUGUUCCGAUUCACAAUUAUCGUAACGCUCACCGCCCCGAACGGAGAUGUUUUCUACUCUUGAACUCCGUGAUCGGUGGCGUGUUCAAAGAGGGAAUAAGCGUUGUACGACAGUGAACUUGAAAAUAUGAAAUUAUAAACUGAUUUGGAGCUGAUACUUUUAUGCGCCAUAGGUAGCGGUUAAUAAAAUUAUAUAGCACCAACUCGCGGGUCAGAUCUGGUUUCUCGAAUAGCACGAAGCAACGUCAAAUGCUCCUAACGUACCGUUAAAAUUUCGUACUGGUUUCCUCAGCCCAUAUAAAAAUGUUAUUCGCUUUGUGAAAUAUGAGGGCUUAUGUAAGACGAGUUGGAAUUUGCCGAAAGGCCUGACUCGUCACGUGAUUUUUGAAACAACAUCUGAAUAAGACUCGAAUUAAACGUCGCAGUAUUUUCCAGUCCACGCCACCUGGCACAGCCGACACGCGCAGAACGUGUUAAUAUUUGGAUUUGACGAUCGUAUUCGUACUCAAAAUAUUUAUAAAUACGGCGUAAAAAUUGACCCCAUCGCCGUCGUUCCGUGCGAAUGAGUCAACACCGCGUCCCUGCAGCGUUUUCCAUAAUUACAUUCACGGUGCUGCAUCUUGGCUCUAGGCUUUUCGAUGCAGCUGAAAAAAUUCCCGAGUUGUCACACGUGACACGGAUAUGUAAAAGGGUCGGGUGGAGUAGGGGUUCGGAAUCUGUGCUUCGCUAUCAGUUCAGUUCAAGUCAAGCGUGAGUUGCACAUGGACUAGCGGAAUUACUCGGACACCACCGGUGCACCGUCACCAUGUGGACGAUAACAUCGAUCUUCUUGUAUUUUUUCAUAAGUUCCAUCGAAUCGACCGGUGAUUAUGUGCUUAUGAAGUGUUGCCCGAUCGGAUACGCGCUCAGCGAUGAUCUUCGAUGUGUGAUGUCAGCCCGAGGGGACAAUUUUACCGUUCUGAACGAGUCGGUCCUUGGAAACGGCACGGAGACAUGUUAUCGAAGUGGCGAUCGGACAAUUAUCGAGCCGCACGAUACCGGAUCGGACGAUAGCCAAAAUCGUACGAGCGUGGAAAGGUGCGUCGACGUGGACCAUCGCAACGGAAGCAUCUACAGAAGAACGUGUCCGCACGAUUGGAGAGAGAGAUCGGGACAAUGCGACAGUAUUUUCACCCCAUUGAUAUUUUGGGGUGCUUCUAUCGUCGUGUUCGCUAGUCUUUUCUAUAUUUUUCCGUAUCUAAUCGUCGUGAUAUUCUAUUUUGUCGUUGCCGAUCUUCGACAUCGUGCCUACGACAGGUCUGUAUUGGGACACAACGCCUGCCAACUUUUGAUAGCGAUAAUUUUGAUUGUGAUGGGAUACUUCGUUCUUUGUCACAAACCGAUCAAGCCGGCGUGGAUAUUCAUAGCGACGGGAUUGAGCCUACAGUUUCUUACGUUGACCUCCGUUUUUUGGAUGAACGUUAUUUGCUUUGAUAUGACCUUGGUGAUCACCAGACUUCGGUGGAAACCUGGCAGCGACGUAACUGGUUCGGAGGAGAACCGGAAGUUCAGGAUAUACGCCGUUUAUGUUUGGGGUGGCGGAAUUUUAAUAACUUCCAUGACCGGUUUUAUGGAACUCUGUCCGUGGAUUCCAGCGUCAUCUCCUCUGAAGCCGAACUUCGAAAGGUUCGACGACGGCGCUAAUUAUUCGGUAAUUUUGCACGUAUCGACUGUGCCCAUUAUCACAUUGAUCUUGAAUAACGUUAUGUUCAUUUACACAACCUACAAAGUUGUUAAGAUAAAAAAAUCAACAGCCGUGGUAACUGCAGGAAACAACAAAACUGCAACGAAAAACUAUUUCAUUUUCCUGCGGUUGUAUCUCCUUAUGGACGCUCCAUGGAUAGUGGGCGUUCUGGCCGCGGUGUAUCCAGAAAUCUGGAUUCUAAAGUUUGUUAGAAUGUUACAGCCGACAUUAAUGAUGUUCGCGAUGCUGCCGAACAAAACUCUUAGCCAAGCCUUCAAAUGUUCGAAGUCAACCGCGACGGCAAACAAAAGGACGAAACAAAAAUGCGAAGAAACCCGUAUUUGAAUUGUGAUUUUUAAGACUGAUUAUAUUGUAUCUGUUAAGAUUAUUUUUCAUGCAUAAUUCGUUCACAUGGAUCCGUCCUUAUACAAUGUCAAACAUUUUGAUUCAUCACCUAAUUAGAUUUCGAUGAAAUAUAUUAUAAGUAUUUUAUGACUGUAUUUUCAUCCACAUCGCGAUCACCCAUCCUCAUUUCUUAGCCCUUUUAAGAAGUCGUAUUAUAGAUGAUUGCAAGAUGUAGCUGAAAAACUGUACGCAGCUGACCAAUACUAUAAAGUAAACAUAAAAUCCUUA